AUGGCAACAAAUAAAGACGCCUCGAUUGCAAUAAUCGGAGGCGGUGCCUGGGGCCUCUCGACGGCAUAUCAUCUCGUGAGAGCAGGGCACACCAACAUCAUCGUCUUCGAGCGUGGUCGGGAAAUUCCUUCUCCGUACUCCGCAGCAAAUGAUCUGAACAAGAUCGUUCGCGCACAAUACGACACCGAUUUCUACACGGAUCUUGGCUUGGAGGCAAUUGAAGGCUGGAAAACUCCUGACUUUGCCCCAUACUACCACCAAACCGGACAUUUAGUGACAGUCUCGGGACAAGCGCCGCGAAAGGCAGUCCAGCACCACGACGAGGCCUUCGCGUACGUAUCGCGACACCCAGUUCUUAGCGCCGGAGUCAAGCCUAUCAACACCAGGGCGGAGUUCAAAGACUGCGCUUGGCAGCUCACCGGCCCAUUGAACGGUUUCAAAGGCUACUUCAACAGGCUUGAAGGAUAUGCGCACUCGAGCAAUGCCCUCAGAGGCAUUUUCACCCUGCUUGUCGGCCAAGGAGUGAAAUUCCUACUCGGACCCGACGAAGGACAGGUGGUAGAAUUGCUCAACGAUGCCUCUGCUGGCAAAGAAGGAACCUCGCGUAGGUGCACUGGUGUCCGCACGAGAGGCGGAAAGCUACACACCGCGCAAGUCACGAUAUGCGCGCUGGGAGCAUACGGGGCAUCUCUCGUCCCGCAGCUCGGUACCUUCAACGUCGCGCGCUGCUGGUCCGUGGCACACAUCCAACUGACCAAUUCUGAAUGUGAUAUCCUGCGUGGUUUGCCGAUCGUCAACAUCCGGGACCUAGGGUUCUACUUCGAGCCCGACCCAGCGACGCGCCUGCUAAAGCUGUGCCAUCUGGGAGCUGGCUUCAGCAACACCGACCGCAGCACCGGGAUUUCUCUACCCCCGUUAAAUGACCAUGACUCCUCCUCCGCACAGACCUAUAUCCCGCUCGAAGACGAGCGGCAACUGCGCACCAUGCUGCGCGAGACGCUCCCCUGGCUCGCCAACCGGCCCUUCGUGGAUACCAAGCUGUGCUGGUUUAGCGACACGAGAGACUCCGAUUACUGCAUUGACUUUGUCCCCGACACGGAGAAGUCGCUUGUGGUCUUGUCUGGCGACUCCGGCCACGGGUUCAAGAUGAUGCCUGUCUUUGGGAAGUGGGUGAAGGACCUCUUGGCGAAAGGAGAACAGUCACUGUUGAGGUGGCAGUGGAAAGUGGUUGAAGAUGGUGCUUCUGGUGACUGGGGCAAUGAUGUCAGUUGGCGCUUUGGAGAGGCGAAAGAGUUGCAUCAGAUUGUCGAGGAGAGGAGUCGGAUGAUCAAGGCUAGACUUUCGUAA